CCCAACCAAACCGAGCAUGGCGUCCGUCGACGCAGGCGGCGAGGUGCGGCACUGCAGCGCGGAGGUCAACGGCGUCUCCCUCCAUGUCGCCGAGCAGGGCCCCGCCGCCGGCCCGGCUGUGCUCCUCCUCCACGGCUUCCCGGAGCUGUGGCUCUCGUGGCGCCACCAGAUGGCCGCCCUCGCGGCCCGCGGCUUCCGCGCCCUCGCCCCCGACCUCCGCGGCUACGGUGACUCCUCUGCCCCCACGGACCCCGCCACCUACACCAUCCUCCACCUCGUCGGCGACGCAGUCGCGCUCCUCGACCACCUCCGCCUCCCCAAGGUGUUUGUGGUGGGCCAUGACUGGGGAGCGCAGGUGGCGUGGCACCUCUGCCUGCUCCGGCCGGACCGGGUGCGCGCCGUCGUCGGCCUCGGGGUGCCCUACUUCCCCCGCGCCCCUCGACCUAUGGCGGAGCUCUUCGCGACGCGCGGCGAUGGGUUCUACAUGACGCAGUUUCAGGAACCUGGAAGAGCUGAAAAGGCAUUUGCUCGCUACGACGUCGCGACUGUCCUAAAGAAGUUCUACUCAAUUGAAUUAGAUGACCUCGCCGCUCCUCCUGGAGUAGAGAUCAUAGACUUCUUCCAGGAAUCAUCAUCCCCACUUCCGUGGAUGACUGACGAAGAACUAGGCCAGUACGCCGAGAAGUUUCAGAAGUCUGGCUUCACCGGGCCACUCAACUACUACCGCAUGAUGGACACGAAUUGGAGGCUUACUGCUCCGUGGCACGACGCGAAGAUCACGGUGCCUGCGAAGUUCAUCGUGGGUGAGAAGGACAUCGGCAUGGAGUCCUUUGGAACCAAGCACUACAUCGAGAGCGGGGGUUUCAAGUCCAAUGUUCCAGACCUUGAAGUUGCCAUCAUUGAAGGACACCAUUUCCUCCAGCAAGAGCAGGCCGAGAGAGUGAACGCUGAGAUACUGUCCUUCCUCGACAAGUUCACUGAGAACUGAGUAAGCAGAUGACGUGCACCUGAGCUGGUUUUACAUCUGUGAGUGCUACCUUUCUGUUGUAAAAAAACGCAAAGCUCUUAGAGCCAUGAACUCGAAUAAAUGUUGCCAUUUGUUUUUUUUCGAAUCAAGGCAAAGGAUUUGCCAUUUUUAUUGAAUAUAAGAAGAAGUUGUUAGAAGUUUUACAAGCCCCGUCCUGGCCAAAGAUAGCCAUUUGUUGACUUGAAAAGAAUAUUAUGUGAACUGUUCAGCAGAUGAAAUACUGAAUAAAGCAAGGUUCUGAUGCAAAA